GCUGAGCGAGGCGGAGCAGCGCUACUACUGCGACCUCUUCUCCUACUGCGACACGGAGAGCACCAAGAAGGUGGCGUCCAACGGGCGCGUGCUCGAGCUCUUCCGCGCCGCGCAGCUGCCCGCCGACGUGGUCAUGCAGAUGGGGACCUGCUGUGAAAAUAUUUCCCUGGAGAUAGACUGCAAUUUACUAACACAGAAGAAGCAAUAAAAUGUUAACUGCAAGUGAAAACUGAGCUGAAGUGUCAAGUGCCUCAUCUAGAGAAAGCAAGCAAGGGUGUAUUUGUGCGCAUGUGUGUACAGGAUGCUUUUAGAUUGUUGAUCAAGAUAUUGAACAAAACCAGCCCUAGGACCGAGCUCUGGGGCACACCACUUGAUACCAGCUGCCAACUAGACUUCAAGCCAUUGACUACUACACUUGGAGCCUGAUGAGCCCACCAGUUUUCUGUCUGCCUUACAGUCCAUUCAUCCAACUGAUCAUGGAACUCUGCGGUGCAACAAGACUUGGAUAUUUUGGGAGAAGUCAGUUCUAUAUUGCUUUGAAACUUGUUGCUGUGGCCCAGUCUGGUCUCCCUCUAAGAGUGGAAAGCUUAAAUACAGUCAAAGACCUCCCUCUUCCUAGGUUUGUUGUGUCAAAGAAUGAACAAGAAUCGAGACAUACAGCCUCGUAUGCUUCAGAUGCUGAUAAUCCAGCCUCAUAUUCAGGUGUAAUUCCACCCCCCCCUGGCAGGGUACAAGCCAAAAAAGGCUCCGUGAGCCAUGAUGCAGUUCAGCAACGUACAUCAACAGAUCAGGAGUCCACAUCUCCAGUUGUUUCACCACAGCAAUCCCCACCAACUUCUCCACAUACAUGGAGGAAGCACAACCGCCAUCCCAGCGGAGGGAAUAAUGAACGGCCUCUUGCUGGACCUGGGCCUUUUUGGGCUCCAUUUAGUGAAGCACAACCAGGCUCAUCUGCUGCUGGUGAUCCCAUAUGGUCUGGCCAUUCUCCGCCCCCACAUCAAGAAAACUGGGUCAGUUUUGCAGAUACCCCACCAACCAGUACUCUUUUAGCCAUGCAUCCUGCUUCUGUCCAGGAUCAGACAACAGUACGAACUGUAGCAUCAGCUACAACUGCAAAUGAAAUUCGUAGGCAAUCGAGUAGUUAUGAUGAUCCCUGGAAAAUAACUGAUGAACAAAGGCAGUAUUAUGUAAAUCAGUUUAAAACCAUUCAACCUGAUCUAAAUGGAUUUAUUCCAGGGUCUGCAGCUAAAGAAUUUUUUACCAAAUCAAAACUACCUAUUCUUGAACUUUCUCACAUUUGGGAACUGUCAGAUUUUGAUAAAGAUGGCGCAUUGACACUGGAUGAGUUCUGUGCUGCUUUUCAUCUGGUAGUUGCUAGGAAGAAUGGCUAUGACUUGCCUGAAAAACUACCUGAAAGUUUAAUGCCCAAACUGAUUGAUUUGGAAGAUUCAGCAGUGGUUCCUGUCGUUUCAGAAGUUGGGGAUCAAGCUGGUGAGGUAGGUUACUCCAGCUCUCCAGCAGAAGCACCUCCAAGCAAGUCUCCAUCAAUGCCAUCCCUAAACCAGACCUGGCCAGAACUGAAUCAGAGCAGUGAGCAGUGGGAGACAUUUAGUGAACGCUCUUCAAGCUCACAAACUCUGACCCAAUUUGAUUCUAACAUUGCACCAGCUGAUCCUGAUACUGCUAUUGUUCACCCAGUUCCCAUACGGAUGACUCCAAGCAAAAUCCACAUGCAGGAAAUGGAACUUAAAAGAACUGGAAGUGAUCAUACUAAUCCUACUAGUCCACUACUUGUGAAACCAGCCGACCUCUCCGAAGAAAAUAAAAUAAGUUCGUCUGUAAAAUUUGUACCUGGAAAUACAGUUGCAGAUGGUUACAGCAGUUCAGACUCGUAUACUUCAGAUCCAGAGCAGAUUGGAAGCACUGUUACGCGACAACGGUCACAUUCAGGAACAUCUCCAGAUAACACUGCACCACCGCCACCCCCUCCCAGGCCUCAUCCUUCGCAUUCUCGAUCAUCAUCUUUAGAUAUGAAUAGGUCAUUCACGGUUACCCCAGGACAGCAACAGGCUGGAGUUGUUGCCUACCCCCCUGCAGUGCCUCCAAGACCACAGCCGUCACAGGGCACUGGUCCUCAUGUGCAUCGCCCAGUAGAUGCUGAAGGCCUAAUAGCUCAUACCAGUACCUCACCUCAACAAAUACCAGAACAGCCAAAUUUUGCAGACUUCAGCCAGUUUGAGGCAUUUGCUGCAUCAGGUGUAAAUGAAGAGGAAGAAGAUGAAAUUGAAACACACCCAGAUGUCUUGCAGGCUGAAAAACCCUCCGAUUCUGCAAGUUCUCUUAGAGCUGCCAAAACAGAGGGAAGAGUUGAAGACAAAGCAGCUACUAGUGUCCCCAAUAACACAGGCAAAGGCACUACACCCCUUGCUCCACCACCAAAGCCUAUUCGCAGAAGAUUAAAAUCAGAAGAUGAGCUGAGACCUGAAGUUGAGGAACAUACACAGAAAACAGGUGUCAUAGCUGCUGUUCUUGCUUCACAGCCGUCAAUUCCUAGAUCAGUUGGAAAAGACAAGAAGGCAAUUCAGGCAUCAAUCAGGCGCAAUAAGGAAACCAACACUGUUUUGGCCAGAUUGAAUAGCGAACUACAGCAGCAGUUAAAGGAUGUUCUUGAAGAGAGAAUCUCCUUAGAAGUUCAACUGGAGCAGCUUCGACCCUUUUCUCACCUAUAAGCCAACUGCCGUUAACUGUGAACUUACUAAUUUUGAAAGGGGGGUUGGGUUUAAAGCCUAUUCAAAGAUCCAUGCAUUCAGCUCAAUGCACUCUAUUGAACAUUACAUUUUGUGGUUCUGUUCUGUCCCGUUUAUUCACUAAUGUAUUUAAUUUUCUUAAUUUCAGUACAAAAAGAAUCACAAUCUUUUCCUUGAAUGUUGUAUAUUUUGGCACUGCCUUCCCUGCCAUUUUUCUUAACAAUAUGUUGGAUUUAUUUGCACAGUUUCAGUGGCCAAAACUUCAAACUGGAAUUUCAGAAUGGUUUCUAUAUUUCAUGUCACAAAACACACUUAGAGAAGAGGAUAACUAGCCAGUUAACUCUUAACAUUAAAGCACAUAAUAUACCAUAAAUAGCCUCCUAAAAUGCAACAUUGGUUUAAUACAGGAAAAACUAGUAUGUUAUCUUAAGGGAUUUUGAAAGGGGGUUGAGGGAGCAGUGACCAGUAUUGCAGGUGUGAGUGCAGCCCCUGCUCCCAGCUUCCUCACCCCUCUACUGCUGCCCUGGCAGUUAGACCACACCAUGGCUGCAGUAGCUUGGGACUUUUACUUCUUCAAUCAGGUAACAAUCUUCUAUCACUUCGCUUCCCCUCUGCCCAGAGGCAAGUCCCCGCCGUCCCCCUCCGUCACCCAUUGCAGCCAGUGUCUCUGCUGUCCCCAGCUGACCCAAGGGGCAUGGGGUAAGUGCCAGAGCCAUCCCUAUCCUGCACAUGAAGCCAGGCCCAGGCAGAGGUAGCAGUGGACAAGUUCCCUUCUCCCAUGCCUGCUCCUGCACUGGCAGGGAACACCAAGGGGAACUGUGCAGGGUCAAGAGAACUGCCUCUGCUGCUGUCCAUAACUGAGCCUGGCUUCCCUCAUGGCACAGCUGGAGCAGGCAGGAGUGGCUCUGGAGCCUCUCCAAACCCUCGUUCCCAGAGUAACUGGAGAUAACGGCAGCAAGGAGUGGGGAGAAGGAAGGGGAGGGAACAUGAAGGGGACAGGAGAGUAUUCUUACCCAAUUGUGGGACUUAAGUGUCCCAGGCUUCUGCUUCUACAGUGUUGACUGAAGGAGGUGCAUCUGUAGCACUGCACCCCCUGGAUCUACCCUGGUUCUCAUCAAUCAAAAUUUACUGCCCAAGCCACCUUUCACAAUUCAGCGAGUCAUUUACAAUUCCAGAAGGCCUGCUCUUGCAAUAAACCAGAUCCUUCUGGGUGCCAGAGUUCUUGCAGGCUACCUUGCCAUAUCAAAUGUAUUUGGUUAUUUCAUGUUUUUCUUAUGUACUCUACAAUAUGUGACCCCAGAUUGCCAGGUGUUCAUUUGUCCACUCAUGAUCCUGAUUCUGCCGCAUGCAUAUAAAUGACUUAAUGGUACAAUUGAUACUAGACCUAACGGAUCUUUUUCAGUGAUCCCUUUUGUGAAAGAAUUGGGUGUUAAUUCUUGGUAUAUUGAUUGCACAUUUCCUGAGCACCACCUGUAACUGCAUGCUUCACACAUUACCUUUUAUUAACAGAUCAGAUCCACCAGUCCUUACUGUAACAGAUUGUAUUGUCAAGUAAUGUGUCAAUACCUCUAUGAACUUCUAAUUCCCAGCCAAAAAAAUUAAACAGUUUGCUUCUUAGGA